AUGGCAGCUUCAUCCAUUCAACAAGUACUUGAAAUUCGAGAUGCAUCUAUUCCAAAGGAUAGUUUACUCGGAAAUGCACUUCCUGGUUCAUCUCUUCUUGAUGUAAGCAAUAUUCCACGUCAAUGCGGUCUACUAUCAAAUGAUGAAAUAAAUAUUACUGAAAAUUAUACAGCUACUCAACUUGUUACUCUUAUGGCUUUAGGUCAAUUAACAGCUGAACAAGUUCUUAGAGCUUAUCUAAAACGAGCUGGUAUUGCUCAUCAAUUGACUAAUUGUGCUACAGAAUUUCUUGGUGAAGAAGCCAUCAAUCGAGCUAAAUGUUUGGAUGAAGAAUUUAAUAGACGAGGAGGACCUGUUGGUCCACUUCAUGGUUUACCGAUCUCUGUCAAAGAUUUAUUAAUUAUGCGUGGUCGAAGGAGUGUUGCAGGAUAUAUAAAAUGGAUUAAUAGAAUAGCUGAAGAUGAUGCUCUUAUUUUGAAAAUUCUCUAUGAAGCAGGUGCUAUCUUCUAUGUUCGUACUACUCAACCACAAAGUUUGAUGCAUCUAGAAUGUAGCAGUUCAAUCUAUGGUAUUACAGUCAAUCCAUUUAAUCGAAGUUUAACUUGUGGUGGAAGUUCAGGCGGUGAAGGUGCUUUACUUGGCUUGAAAGGUAGUCCAAUGGGAAUUGGAACUGAUAUAGGUGGAAGUAUACGUUCUCCAGCUGCUAACAAUGGAGUUUAUGGAUUAAAACCAACCACUUUUCGAAUACCGAAGCAAGGUUUGGUGGGUGUACAAAUGGGAAGAGAAAGUAUUAUUACUACAAUUGGUCCACUUGCUCAAGCAAGAGAAGAUAUUAAUCUAUUUAUGAAAACAAUACUUGAUACUCAACCAUGGCUAAGAGAUCCAUCUCUUGUACCUAUUCCUUGGAGAU